UCUGGUCAUCGGAAAAGCUCAAUCAGUAUGAGUGGUUUUCCAUAUCUGAACUUUUUUUUUUUUUCAUAAAUACACACACACCCACCCAUUGGUACACGUAUGUGAGGGACAUGUGGGCCAUGGUGUAGACCCAUCAGCUUUGUGUUAAAAGAAGUAGACACAGACAGGGGCUUGUGGGCUGAUCUCAUAAAGCGGCAAACAGGCAGCCUCUAACUUUUAAUCACACUUCACACCAAAGAAAAGCCACGAGUCAGAGAGGAGAGCGUUUAAUCAACACUGCACGGUAGAUGAGACGUUCAGGUCAUACACAGACAAGACAAGGGUUUGAUGUGCGGAAAGUCGGCUGGUUCCAGUAUUGAGGAGCAUCCUCAGUGAUGUCAACGCUGGGUGACCUGACGAGUCUUCAGGAACUGUGAAAAGCUGUGAAGGUAAAGCUCCUGGUGACAGCAUGACUGAGAAGUGAGUCUAAUAUCUGACUAACUCCAGACACCACACACAGAAAGAGUGUAUGUGCAUCUUGCGUGAAACCAAUCAGAAAGUUCCUACCCGGUGAAAAUGGAGUCCGCUUUCUCACGGAUGAGGUGGGAACCUGAUGAAGAGGCUGAAGAGACCUCCUUGAGAGGUCUGGGAUUGCGUCGCAAACGGGAGUUCAUCCCCGAGGAAAAGAAAGAUGCGACUUACUGGGAGAAACGCCGCAAGAACAACGAAGCGGCGAAGCGCUCGCGAGAGAAGCGAAGGGUCAAUGACUACGUAUUGGAGACUCGUUUGGUUUCACUGAGCGAGGAAAAUGCCCGUCUACGAGCUGAGCUGUUGACUCUAAAGCUUCGGUAUGGUUUGCUCAACUCUGGAGCCCCCUUCUCUUCAUCUCAAAGGGCUCUAUCUCAGCUUCACUCUUUGGCCCCACAACCCCUGGUUUCUUGCCCAGACAAAGAUCUCUACUGGGGUAGAAGGCAAGAGAGAGAGGCUUCCAAUCUAUUGGGGAACCAACAAGCACCCGUCUGUCUGGGUACCCACCCUGGGUCGGCAUUCCUUCCCGCGCAGCCUAUGGCCAUGAGAAGAAAUCAACCAUACUUCCUAGACUUCCCCACCCUCCAUUCUCCUACAGCCGCACCUUUACUCUUUCCACCACACCUUGCCCCAGCAACAGCACCUUGGGCAGGACGGCCCCUGCUCCAGCCAGGGAGUCAGAGGAUCUUGUCGGACGACGAGGGGGAGCAGCAAGUGCCGGCGGAUUCCAGCACUGCCCUGCCCCAUAAACUAAGACUGAAGUCGCAAAACUCACAGCGCAAAGACAAUGGAGCUAAAUCUGCAUCUCCUAUUCCAGCAUACAUGUCAGAUUGAAAUCAAACUGUCUAAAAUUACUCAGCAGAUAUGAAUCAUCCUUAAUUACCACAUUUGUGGUAUUUAAACUUGGCUAUAUUCCAGGACGUUUGUUGUAAACCAUCUGAUAAAAGAAAUAUUUCUUUGAUCAAAAGGUCAGAUAUACAGAUAUAGUUUCCAAAAUUCAUUUUGAAGAGUCAGUGUUUCCAGUAUUGAAGUAGAAAGAGGCAAACUUGAAUUAGGAUAAUGACGCACAUUUUUAAGUACUUGAAAUGUUCCACCUCUUUUUUACCUUUAGCAUAGACAGGAAAGUAGAGAUGAAAUAAGGAGAAUAGGAUCAGGACUUGACCCAGGUCAGACUCAAACCAGAGUCAUUUUGAGCUUACAGCUUUGAUGUCAGAUUGACAUUUUCGCAUUUGACAGAUGCUUUAAGCUAGUUACGUUGCAUUUAGUAUAUAUAUAUAUAUAUAUAUAUUCAUGCAUUCCCUAUUACAACAGAAAUGUUGUAAUGUUCAUGUUGGGGGGGUGGGGGGGAUCUCAAAGAGGUUGGAUCUGAUGCUGAUAGCAUCCAUUUGCAAUUUCUUUCAGAACAUCAAUAUAUGUCUCUGAGUGGCCUAAAAUAUUUGGUUAACCAAAAAUCAGAUGCAUGCAAAUGAGAUUUUAGGGAAACUCGCCACACCUCAAAGAGUCUGAAAGGAGGAGCUAAGAGGAUCUUUCUGGAAUCCUUUAAUUGUUCUGGUUCUUAAUUGUUUGAUGCGUGUCGCUGGCUAUGUCAUGUGACAUCUCAGUCAUGAGACUUUUUUUUGAUAUGGCUCCUGUGUUUGGAAAGGUGUUCAUGCACAAACUAAGGUCAUCUGUGACCAAAAUAGUUGCUUGCUUGCUACACAAAGUUAAAGUUGUCAUCCCAUAAUAUGUGGCCUGUAAUUUCUGCCAUCAUAUCUUUUAACAUGUUUUGAGUUCUGCAUAUGACCCAGUGCUACACAUGAACAUACAGUGCCUUUGCACAGUGUACCUGCUGUAAACUAGUCUUAAUUCAAUUUCAUGUAAUUUUUAAUUACACAAUACAUUAUUUAUAGUUUUUGAAAGACUUGGAAUUAUAAAGCGCUGAUCUUUGAUGACGACGAAAUUCUUUUGUUCGAUUUAUAGCGUGUAAUUUUAGAUUAAUGCAUGAUCAUUGUUAUCUUUUAGAGACAAAUGGCUCAAACAUAGACUGACCAACAAAAACAACUUCCAAAUCUCAGGCAUUUUGUUUCUGUUGAUGUUAAAACAUGCACAGGGGCUGCUAAGAGCUUUUUUGAUAACCUUGCAACACAUUUGAACUUACUUAUAAAAUCUUCUCAGUCUUCUUUAUUCUUCUCAGACACUUUAUUCAAAUGGUCUUAGCAACAGAUAUGCUAAGUUCUUGGUAAGUGCUUGAAGACCGAUCUUCAUUUUAUAAAAUAAUUUACAAGCUAUUUGUCCACAAUGUAUUCUUUUUCUUUUUUGGUACAUUCUUGAAUGACAACAUAGCUAAUGCAGUUAGCAUUGGCACGCUAACUGCAUUAGCCAUGUUAGCAACAACAGUGGCUGACAAAGCAUUAGCAGCUAAUUAACAAGGAGGAUAUCUAAAACCUUGUGUCACUGACUGACCAGCUCAUUUUCAUUUAGAAAUACAGUUUAUGAAUGUAAAUCACUUUUGCUUAUAUGUCAUUUUAGGUUCACAACUCAAUAAUGAAAUAUUGAAUAUAGAAAGACAAUCAAAAAAAUUAUUAGCCUAGUUUGAAAACGGAUUACCUUAAGUCUUCUCUUAAGGUGCGUUCAGUUCAUGUAGUUAUUUACCGUAAUUACAAGAUUUCAACUUGUAAAAGGCAUUCACGUUCUUGUAGAGCUUGUGAUUACAGCUUGUAAGAAUGGGUGCGUUUGACUUGAAGAGGCACUGCACAGAUCGAUCGGUGUAUGACAUUAAAGUACUGCGAGAGUGAUUAAUGAGCAGACAUAGUGUUGUGCUAAUAGUUGAGCUACAGGAGCAGCACUUAUGUACUUUUUAAAAAAUAAUUUUAACACAUUUUUACAAAGAUUCAUAUUUUAUACAUUUUGUCAUGUUGCAUUAAGCUGUAUGAUCUUCAGAGUUUUUUCAUUUUUACAAUAAAGUGCAAAUGAAAAUCUCA